UUUUUUCGCAAGACAAUACAUAGUUGAAAGGGUUGGUUGUAAUUAUCCAAACACGAGGGGGGAUUUCGUAAUUUGAGCUUACCUCGGGGGGCUCGCCGUAAUUUGACCUAAUUUUUAUAAGCAUAAGAAAUUUGAAGUAUAAAGCCAUCCACAAAUAAAGUAAUUUUAUUGUGAUAUGACUCGGCUCUUUCAGAGCAGUGCACAAAUCUUUUCAGGAAAGUUAUAUAAUGUAGAAAAAGAAAUUGUCUUCCAUUCCCUAAUCUGCCUUAUUCUUUCAAGAAACUUACUAAAGUUUUCACUUUCACACACACACACACCCAUGUGUAUGUGUGUGAUCCAAAAGACGAAUAGUCGAAAGACGACGAGGAUAUUAAUCUAUUAACGGCAUGCAAUUUGCCGUAGUCUUAAAGUUCCACACCUAACAUUGAAUUAAAAUUCGACAUUAUUACCUUAGCCUCGCCGUCCGGUCAACGAAACAAGACAAGAAAACUCACUCUUACUACCAUAAGAAGCUUCCAAAGAAAAACAAAGAGAAGGAAAAAAGAGCACACCCACUCACUAAAAUCCAAGAAAAUAGUUACACAAACUCUCUUCCUCGAAGUUUCCUCUCCCAACUAACACAACACUAAGUGUAGAUAAAAUGCCUUCCUUCCUUAAUUUACUUCAUAGCAAUCAUUUUCAUAUUUCUAUACAAAUUAAAUCGAUAUAUAAAGAAAAGAGAAAAACAUGGUUUCGAUUUCAAACAUGUUAUCCAAUCACGCGGCCAACUUACCAUCUGCAAAAACAAUCAUCUCAACCGCAGCUUCACUAGCCGCUUCGGCUAUGGUGAUCCGUUCGAUCGCCCGUGAUCUAAUACCCUACGAACUCCAACAAUACGUCCACUUAUCAAUCCAAUCUUUCUUUAAAUCAUUUUCCAAUGACAUCACUUUGAUCAUCGAGGAAACAAGCGGACUAUCGGCCAAUCAAAUCUACAAGGCGGCCGAAAUCUACCUAGGCACGAAGAUUUCUCCCCACACGGACACGUUCACGGUGCACAUGCCCAAAAUGGAGAGCAAGAUUUCGACUUCAAUGGCCAAAAAUCAAGAACUUACGGACGAAUUCAAUGGGAACACCUUCAAGUGGCGGCAAAUCACUCGACAAAUCGAGUCCGCUCGUUCGAAUUCAUACCCCGGUCAGCAAGUCAACCAGUCAGAAGUCAAGUAUUUCGAGCUCCGUUUUCACAAGAAACACAAGAAAACGGUGUUUGAGUCUUACUUCCCUUACAUCCUCGGGGAGUCGCAAAUAAUGAAAGAAGACAAAAAGACCCUCAAAAUCUACACUUUGGGCAACGAUCGCUACACAGGUGAUUAUGCGUGGAAUUCGAUUAAGCUCGAUCAUCCAGCAACAUUCGACACUUUAGCGAUGGACAAUAAGCUAAAGAAAACAAUCAUAGAUGAUCUUGAUAUGUUUGUGAGGAGGAGGGAUUUCUAUAGAAAAGUGGGGAAGGCGUGGAAAAGGGGGUAUUUGUUAUACGGCCCCCCUGGGACUGGAAAAUCGAGCUUAAUUGCUGCUAUAGCAAAUUACUUAAACUUCGAUGUGUAUGAUUUGGAGUUAAGCGGUAUUCAAACAAAUUCCAGUUUGAGAAAAUUGUUGGUUAAUACAGCGAAUAGGUCUAUACUUGUGGUGGAGGAUAUCGAUUGUAGCCUUGAGAUUGACGAUCGCAAGUCAGAUGAACAAAUUCUCAAGAAACUCACAUCGAGUCAAACCCAAAUCCAGACAGUAAAUAUUAUUCGAAACGAUAAAACGAACCAAGUGACAUUAUCAGGGCUGCUAAAUUUCAUUGAUGGGCUAUGGUCAAGCUGUGGAGACGAAAGGAUUAUAGUGUUCACAACAAACCACAAGGACCGAUUGGACCCGGCUUUGCUUCGGCCGGGUCGAAUGGAUAUGCACAUAUUGAUGAAUUACUGCACACCUUGUGCAUUCAAGAUUCUAGCGAAGAAUUAUCACGGGAUUAACAAUCACUCGCUUUUCGGCGAGAUUGAAGGAUUGAUUGAUGAUGUCAUGGUGACACCAGCAGAAGUUGGUGAGCAGUUGCUGAGGAAUGAAGAUGCUGAUAUUGCACUUCGUGAACUUAUCGAGUUUCUUCGAGAGAAAAAGAGGCAAAGCGACGAACGAAAUGCAAGAAACGAAGACGAUAAAGGAGAACAAAUUGAGGAAUAAUAAUAAUAAUUCAUCACCAAUUUUCGUUAUGGAGUGUCUGAAUCUGAGAUAUCAGUUGUUGAUUUUGAUAAUAAUUUAUGAUGAACUACUAAGGCCUCGUUUGGUUUGA